CAGAGUAUCAAGGAUAUGUUUGAUUUCUUUAAGAGCUUUGAGAAAGCUCUUAAGAAGAUCUUUAGCAACUCUAACAAAGAAUGCAUUACAGCUCAGCAGCUUAUGAAUCUCAAGCAGACUAAGUUAGCUUCUGCUUAUAUAGUUAGAUUCAAGCAGCUCUUAGCACAACUCUCAUAG